CUCUGCAACAAACCUUCAAUAUGGAGAUAAUGGAGGCCAAAAAUGGAGGAGUUGAACUCCAUCUUGACGUACAUCAUCUCCUUGAUCAUAUCCAAAUCAAACUCAUAAUGUUUCUGGCUAUCUUCUCUUCAGUUUCACACAGUGCUCAAUCACCAGCCAUAUUCAUCUUUGGAGACUCAUUGAUAGAUAAUGGAAACAAUAACUACUUGCCUUCCAUUGCCAAAGCAAACUACUUCCCCUACGGCAUCGACCUCGGUGUUCCGACCGGCCGGUUUUGUGAUGGCCUCACUGUCACUGACUACGGCGGCAGCAAGGUGGCUUGGCUUGCCUUUCCCUCCUCCAUACUUGAGUCUUCAGUCACUGUCGAAGGAAAUUGUAAGAGGUGUUAAUUAUGCCUCUGCUGCUGCUGGCAUCCUUGAUGAGACUGGAAGACACUAUGGGAGCAGGAUUUCAUUCAAUAGACAAAUAUUACUAUUUGAGAAGACAGUGAAGUUUCAACUGCCCAUCUUGAUUGCAGACCCAAAUGCAUUGGCUCAAUUCAUUGCAAACUCCUUGUUCAUCAUCAACAUUGGCAGCAAUGACUACAUCAACAACUACCUUCUCCCUCAAUACUACACCAGUAGCAAGACUUACUCACCGGAAGGUUUUGCCGAUCUUCUCAUCACUGCAUUCACCAGGCAGCUCGCGAGUUUGUAUCAAUUGGGAGUUAGGAAGAUGUUGAUCGUCGGUAUCGGGCCGCUAGGUUGCAUACCAAGCCAGCUCUCAAUGAAUAACAGCACAGACGGCGAAUGCAUCAAAAGGGUGAACGAUAUAGUGAUGGCAUUUAACAGCCGUUUUUUUCCAAUGUUACCUAGUCUCAACUCGAGUUUCCCUGGCGCAUUCUUUGUGUAUCAAAACAUAUACGAUAGAUUCAUCAACUUGAUACAGAAUCCUUCAGACUACGGCUUUACAGUGAAAAAUCAAGCUUGUUGUGGUAGUGGAAGAUAUGGAGGGGAAUUGAGUUGCUUGCCAUUGCAAGUGCCUUGUGCUGCCAGGAAUCAAUACAUUUUUUGGGACUCUUUUCAUCCAAGUCAAGCAGCAAAUGCGAUCAUCGCCGCAGGGUGUUACAGUCCUUCAGCUACUGAUUGCUAUCCAAUUAGUGGGAGGCAAUUGGCACAGAUAUAAAUUGAAAAUAACAGAAAAAAAAAUAACUUGAAUUGUGUUCUUAUGAGUUAUAGGAUUUUAUGGCAUGUGUUAGAAUAAAAGUAUAGUGAAUAUGAAUGAUUAUUCUUGAUUAAAGAGUAUAGUAUUUUUAUAGGAGGUUUGAAGUUUAGUACCUAUAUAUAAAUUGCUACAAAGUUUUGAGGUGUCAAUAAAUUACAGAAUGGGUGGUUUAGCAUAAUAAAUUUGGGAGUAAAUGUGCUGCAAGUUUGUUGAGUUUUUCUGCAGAAUAUUUAAUGCAUGGCUAUAUUUCUAGCCAGAACAUUAAUGUUGGAAUGUUUA